UUAAAAAAUGGUUGAACAUAACUCAUGUACUCGACUGUUUAGUUUACUCACUUUGCUCUGGCAUGUGACGGUUUUUACAGCAGUGUGAAACUUCCAAUAGUCUUCUGCAAAUGUCAGCUGGUGACUUGGGUCAGAGGUCAGUGUUUGAGGCCAAAAGCUCGGAACAGCUGCUGGCUCACAGCAUGCUGUGUGCAGGGAGGUGGCUGCUCUUUCAGUUUUUGUUUGAGUGUCUGACAUUCCAGUUAAAGACUUUGUGCCUCGCAGUCUGCAGUCAUGCCCUGCAGCCUCACUUUUAACCAUCUCUGGAAUAUAUUUUGGUGCAUUGUCAAAAUGAAUGAAAGGAAUGAGGAAGAGUGAAAAUGCUGAUUUCUACAUCGUCUCAGAUGCAGGGUGAAUGUUUCAUUGUGAUAUGUGAUGAGUAACUUGUCAAUGGAUACUGGAACUGGAAAGCAACAAUUAUCUUGGACUAAUGACAGCCACACCUGAAAAGAGUGGGUUGGGAGUUGCUCUUCGAGUUGGAUUAAAGUAAACGGAGAAACGGGCAGGUAAUGAUCUGUGGAAGCAUGUCCAGUGCUGGGAAAACUGCUUGCAGCGCCGGCUUGAUCAACAGACACUGGAACUGGGAAAAACCAGUGGGGAUUGACUGCAGUUCUCCUGAGCCCCGUUGUAUUUGGCUGGCUGCCCUAAGAAAUGUGACCUUGGAGGUAAACCCCAGGAAGGAGAGGAACAAUGAUAUCUCAGCUGUCAAAGGAAAGCACAGUUUUCCUGUUUGGGAAGAGGAGGAAGAGUUGCUGACUAAAACCCAGCGAGAUGAGAGAUCCCCCAAUGAAAAUGCUAACACGGUGCAGGAUGAAAUAUUUUCAUGGCCUGGCCCAAAGACUGUGCUACUACACAAGAACUCUCAAGGUUUCGGAUUCACGUUGAGACACUUCAUUGUCUACCCUCCGGAAUCUGCUGUGCAUCCGAGCUUUAAGGAUGAAGAAAAUGGAAAUGGAAGAGGACGUCAGAAAGGCCAAACAGAACCUAUGGAUACCAUUUUUGUUAAAAGUGUAAAGGAAGGAGGAGCAGCACAUCAAGCUGGGCUUUGUACAGGUGAUCGGAUUGUUAAGGUGAAUGCAGAGAGUAUAAUUGGCAAAACUUAUUCUCAAGUGAUAUCUCUGAUUCAAAAUAGCGAUGAUGUAUUGGAGCUCUCAGUUAUGCCCAAAGAUGAAGACAUUCUGCAGGUGCCUCCUUCUGUUGGGAGGGCAGGUGAGCAAGCUGUAUUCUUCUGCCUGACUUCAACACCUAUGCCAUCCCAUGCUCAGCUGUCAAUAGACAAUUGUGAGGCCUAUUCUCAGGAUGCUUACCUGAAAGGUAAUGAUCCAUAUUCUGGUAGUGCACACCACAUACCAGAGCCGCCACCCGUGUGCUACCCUCGACAUUUGGCCACCACCCAGACGAAAGAGCCUUUACUGACAGAUUCUUCACGGGGAAUGCUAGUGGACAACAGGAAUUACAAUGCCAGCUCGGGUUCUGACAGAGGAUUCUAUUCCGAUCCGUCAUCACCGCAGGAUAUUAGUACCACAACGAGUCCGCCUGCCAGCGUGUGGAAUGAAGGACAGGGUAGAUCGCGAUCAUCAGAUCUGUUGGCUGAGAUUGGAAUAAGUCAUUCAAAUCCCAUGCAUCACGUGGUGGAGGUGCAGUAUGGAAUAAAGCCCAGAUCAGUUUUAAUGAGAGAAAUGACUGCGUCGUCUUCAAAUUCCGUUGUACAGGGUCCAAUAAGCAAUAAAUAUGGUUCGGGUUCAGCUGCUAUGCAAGAUAGAUAUAGGGGGCGUUCUAAACAUGUUCCUUUCUCAUCAGUCUCAAACCACAAUGUUUACUCGGGUCCUAAAACUAAUGUGGGCCAGAGAACUUACACCAGUUCUGUGAACAAUAGGGAAAAUGACUAUUUUCAUUCUGAUAUUCGGGGGUCAUGGGAGCGACUUGGCAGCACCAAAACAAGCUGCCAUCAAUAUAACCCACCCAGUUGGCAAUCUGCUCAGUUGCCACGUCGAAGCUCCUCUGAAGAUCGUUGUUAUACUGCUAUGCCCCCGAAAUCCAAGAGUUACUCUCACGACAGACUUGAGGAGACUUCAUUACACAAACAUUGGCAUCAUAGUGCUUCCCAAGAUACUUUGCUUGAACCUAUGAAUGAACAAUGGAGUUACAGGACUCGUUCAGAGGAUUAUCUGGGAAAAUAUGACCUAUCAUUGGAGAAUUUAACGCCCAAUGUCUUUACAACAGGUGGGGACAGAUUUUUAUGGACUCAUUCAAAGACUGGUACAACAAGUGGUGGUUUUUCUAAGUCUGGUGGACAAGAACAUUUGUUUUGGCAGCAUAGACCAGUGGGAUACCCUUCAGGUGAUCCUGCAAUGCAUGGUCAUAAGCAUUCAUCCCACCCAAACUCCAGCAGCAGCAGUGCAUAUUAUAAAAACACAAACUCCAGAAUAUCUAUUCCUCCUCAACAGCAAUGCAGAAAUGCAGCUACUCAUUCUCACUCGGUAAAGAGAACAGAUAUUGCACAUGUAGGGCAACAGACUACCAAUGUUUCUCAAAGUAACGUAACUCACCUUUCAGAUAGGCCGGUGUUUGUUUCUGGUUUGACUGUCAGUGAGUCCAAGGCUGAACGUUGUGCAUCCUUUCAAGUCAGGAGAAUUGAUGUGCCCGUUGUUCGAGACCAAAGACAGACCAAUCAUGAUCGGCAGGGUGGAUUAUACCCAAAACAGACAGACAGGAACUGUGGUAAGGAGGCAGUGUUUCAACAGGACAUUCAACCUUUUGCUGUUGCAAAGUCUGGAGUUUCCCAACUCCCCGAAUGUGAGCUCCCUCUGGAAUUCGUACACAAGGAACAAGAAAUGCCACCAACAAACAAAGCAGCGUUCUUGAGGCAAAAGCCUCCCACUGGCCGAAGAGUACCACCCCCUCUCCGGUACCCAACUUGCACGGAUAUGGUAGAACCAACAUCCGGCAUCUUGUCACCGGCUGACAUGUCUGAAAAUGGAUCUUUGGAACAGGCAACUGAAAAACUUGAAGGGACAGCUGUAAAAUCCCCUGCAGACUCAUUGGCCUCAAUUCCAUAUAUUGAUGAGCCAACAAGUCCAAGUAUUGACCUAGUGGCAGGUCACAUCCCUGCCUCAGCUGUUGUUUCCAGUGUCCAGACCUCACCACCAACUAUCAUCACAAGUCCUGCUUCUCCAACAUUCACCUUCCCCCACCUCAUUCACCCUCGACAUUACUCUCAGGACUGCAGCAGCAUUAAAGCCAGUCGACGGUCAUCUUACCUUCUUGCUAUAACAACAGAGAGAUCAAAAUCUUGUGAUGAAGGCCUGAAUGCUUACCAUGAUGAGGCAAAAGUGUACUCGAAAUUGCCAAUCCGAGUUCCUAGUCUGAAGAUGCUGAGAAACUUUUUCAUGGAAGGGUCCUCAGAAAGCUUGGAUGGUCCUGAAAACAACAGAUCCAAGCGCCAUUCUACGUCUGACCUCUGUGACGUGACCUUCAGUGAUGUCAGGAAAGAGGGCUGGCUAUACUAUCGACAGCUGGUCACAGAGAAGGGAAAGAGGGUUGUGAGCAGCAUUCGAUCUUGGAAAAGGGUCUAUGCCCUCGUGCGAUCGCAUUCUCUAUAUCUGUACAAGGACAAAAGGGACGCAGUGACCUACGUUACUUCUCCUGCUGACGAUGAACAGCCCAUUUGUGUUAAAGCCUGUCUGAUUGAUAUUUCGUACAGUGAGACUAAAAGGAAGAAUGUUUUCAGGCUGACUACUUCGGAUUUCUGUGAAUACCUGUUUCAGGCUGAGGAUAGAGAUGAUAUGUUGAACUGGAUUAAAAUCAUCCAAGAGAACAGUAAAACCGAGGGAGAGGACACAAGUGCCAGAUUGAUACAAGUCAAAUUAAAGGAGUACAGGAACCAGAGCCCUGCCAAUAAUAAAUCGGACUCUUCGCCAAAGGGAUCACGGCAUCAUGUCAUCCGUCGACCGCGAUCCCCCAGACAAGAUAAUGCAAACAAAGAUGAAAGUAGCCCUCCUAAGGACAAGAGCUCUUGGUUGAACAUAAUGAAGAAGACCAAAAAAACAGUUUCUGGAGCAGCUUUUGGUGUUCGGCUGGAGGAGUGUCAGCCUGGUGUAAAAAACAAGUUUAUUCCGUUGAUAGUGGAGAUGUGUUGUCAACUGGUGGAGGAGAAGGGUUUGGAGUGCACAGGGAUCUAUAGGGUACCAGGGAACAAUGCCAUGGUCUCCAGCCUACAAGACCAACUGAAUAAGGGAAUGACUGAUCUAAAUACCUCAGAAGAAAAAUGGCAGGACCUGAAUGUGAUCAGCAGUUUGCUUAAACUAUUUUUUCGAAAGCUUCCUCAGCCUCUAUUCACAGAUGAUAAAUACAAUGAUUUCAUCGAAGCUAACAGACUGGAUGAUGCAGCGGAAAGACUUCAAACAUUUAAGAAACUGCUUUGGAAUUUACCAGAAUAUUAUUUUGAAACCCUGAAGUUUCUCACGGGUCACCUGAAGACUGUGGCAGAUCACUCUGAAAAGAACAAGAUGGAACCGCGGAAUCUGGCACUGGUGUUUGGCCCAACACUUGUGAGAACAUCAGAGGACAAAAUGAUUGACAUGGUGACACACAUGCAAGAUCGGUACAAAAUCAUUGAAACAUUGAUACAACAUUAUGACUGGUUUUUCAAUGAAGAUCGGGACAUGGAUGGGAAAGCUCCAGUUGACCAUGGAUGUAAUACAGAGUUACAACCAGUACCUAACAUAGACCAUCUCCUCUUAAACAUUGGGAGAACUGGAGGAGCACCAGGGGAUAUCUCAGCAGAUUCGGAUUCAACCACUAGUGAUUCAGCAAAGUCGAAGGGAUCGUGGGGGUCCAGGAAGGAUCUAUACAACAGGGAGCUCGUGAUGUCAAUCUUUGCAGCGGCCAACCGUAAGAGGAAGAAAAAGGAGGCAAAAGUGCUUGAAAGUAGCACAGACGAUGAUUCGGAGCAUGAACCUAUUAAGGCUAUUAACAAAGAGAGAUUAUUAGACAAGAAGGAAACAGACAAAAAGAAGGAUGUGGCAGGACAGAAAGAGAAGGAGCUGGGCAUGAGCAGGAACAGAGGAGUGGAGCCGAUUCACCAGUCCAUUGUUCGUAAAGAAAGUCUGAAGAAAGCAGGAGAAUCUAAUCAUUCAAACCAGCACUGCCAUCAGCCGUCUCAGUGGGAGAGCGAAGAAGCUAAUGUGGACUCUUCAUCUAAACCACAUCUCAGCCCAUCUUCAAUUGGCACUGAGCAUUCGCUCAAAGAAGGGACCGCCCUCAAACCUCUGGAUUCAGACAGAAGGAGAAAAUGCCCAGGUGAUCCAACAACUAGUACUGGUCCUCAGUGUAACAACAAUAGUGAACUGUUUUCCAAAAGCUCCAAGCAGAAGAUGUGGCACACACCUGAGAUGGAGCACAGGGAGUUAAUUCCCACCGAUGCCAGCUCAAUUGUUUCAGGAUAUUCCACCAUUUCGUCCGUAAUGACAACCCUGGAUCACCACUUCUGUUCUGAGGUGCAAUCCAUUGCAGAGAGUAGGGGCGAUGAAGCUGAUGAUGAGAGAAGUGAGCUAAUCAGUGAGUGCGGAGGUCAGAUUGAAACGGACAAUGAAAGUGGUUACCUCACACGCACGCUGCCAAGCAAGGCUUCCAGCUCGCAGCAGGAGAGAGGAAGGUUUUGUCGUCGUGAGUCAGAUAGCAACACAAGCUCUGACAAAGAAGGAAAUGCAACACAAAAGUUAAGCAGUACGCCAUCUUUUAAUUCUCACAGAUUAAUACAGUGCGACACUUUGGCUCGGAAGAAAUUGGCCAAACCAAAAGGAACAAAUGAUCUUGGCACCAUGAUCAAUGAAGAUAAAGAGCCUUCAGUGGUAACAAAUCUGUUUGAUAAUGCGAAUCAUCCCAAUUCCACCAAAAAACACAGUUUCCUCAAGAGCGACUCGAACAAAGAAGACACGACAAAGGCAGCAAAACGCAUACUGGCUGAUCAAACAAAAGUUCGGCUCAAAACCUCGGCAGAUGAUAUGUUUGGCGUAGGGCUGAGAAAACAGAGUUCUCCAGAGACGCGUAGAAAGAAGAGCAUUCGAAGGAGACACACAGUGGUGGUACAGAAUGAUUUAUCAGAGUUUCACUUCAGAGAAUGGAAAGAAAACCAACUGGAAAGCAAGGACAGCAGCUACAAAGGGGGCAAAGCAUCUAACAUGAGCCAGUUAAAGCAUAAAGUUGAUUCUUGGGAGACGUCAGAUUCAGUAGGAAAAAUACAGCCGGAUUUAGAAUCUAAACCCAACGAAAUACCCAGACCGGGUGACCCAGACCCACAGUAUUGUUCCAGUCAUUUAAGUGGGAAUCUUCAACCUGAACAGCCAGCAUUCAAUAACAAGAACUUGAGCAGCAAUACAACCUCGUCUUCCCUGCCAGCUAGCUCGGCAGUAGGUCCAUGUAGAGACAGUGACUCAACUUCAUCCAAGUCCACAGGAAUAAAGGCUCAGAAACAUCCGACCUCUUCUCGAUUCCAUCAGUACCUUUGAUAGAAAUUGUUUAGAGCUAAAACAUUCAGGAGCUAGGCCAACAUAAGGGGUAUAUUUCCUCCCCACACCCCUCGGUAACAGGUUGGAAAACUCCCGAUCAUUGGAGCCAAAAAACUCAAUUUUUAAAAUGUUUACCAAUAGAAUCCUGAAGUCCCACCAUUGAUGACUUUUUAAAAACACUUUUUUAUCAAUUUCCCUUCACUUAACUAUCUUCGUUUUAUAGAAAAUUGAAAGAUACUGCUGCAUUGUAUUUUUGGAAAUCUUAUUUGUUUCUCGUAAGGGAUUAAGCUAGAUGGACAUUAAGAGACAUACUUGGAUUCUUUAAGGAAAAUCAAAUUAAUUGCUUGGAAAUAACAUUUGAAACAAAAUUACCAAAAGCAUUUAGACUUUGAAUUCUAUGCAGAUUUGACCAACUUUCCAUCGAAGUUCCACAGAUGUGGACAAAACCUUGGAAAAUGGUCUUUUAGGUCACUUAAUGGUUUCUCUCCAAAUUCCAUUGGCUUCUCACAACAGAUAGAGUGAGAUAUCUGUAUCUGGUGAUCUGUUGAAAUCUCCACAAUUAGCAUUUAUCCCAGGAAAUGUGGACUUUUAAAUUUGAAAUUCCCUUCACUAGAAAGGCAAACUCAAAUCAGAAUAAGGUUGGAAUGUAAGGUCUCAGCAUUUGAAAGAUAUAGACUGUCUGAAUAAUGUUCUGUGAAGGAUCUGUCCCCAAAUGAUUUUUCCCUUUACAUUGUGGAUGCAUCAAGUGUAUUUGGAGCAUUUUAUGUUCUUUACAUUGGAUCUUUAAUUGCACAGGACCGGUCAGAGUGGAUGUGGGCUAAAGGGAAUGAUUCAAAAGGGCUGUAAAUAUCAGUGUACGGUGUAGUCGCAGAAUUCAAAAGACUUUAACUACUAAUAUGCCGUUGUGGUUAGAGGUUGGCAUAAGAGUAACUAGCGUUGAAAUUGCUUUGCUAACCUUCCAUGUUUUGGUGCAGUUUAACUCAGUUAGUUGAACCUUGGUGCCGCAACUUAUAACGAUCAACGUCAUUUCUUUCCAACCCUGUUUGCACAGAGAACGUGUUGCUCCCAGUUUCAGUUGCUCAAAAGAAAGGGAAGGAUUUGUGACAGAUGGAGCACUUAAACUCUCAUAUAUUUAGGAAAACAUUCAAAAUACUAUGCACGUGCCAUUAGGUACAGCAGCAAGGUGUUGCCUCAUGAUGAAUCUUCGUUACUUUAACUUCCAAUUCCUUAUAGAUGCUGCCUCGCCCGCUGAGUUUCUCCAGCAUUUUUGUCUACCUGCUUCUUAGCUCUAUGCUGUUAUGUCAACAUCUGCUGUGAAGAACAAGGAUAACCAGGGUGUUUUAGUAGUAUUAGGAGUUAACCCUGACUGCAGAGCUACUGUUUUCAAUGGCCCUUGUGAUACCAGAGAUUGGAGUUUAAUUCUUGUGAUGUCUACGUAGUCCUAAUUUUGAGAGAGUGCUGAUUAAAAGAGCAGUCUUUUUAAUUGGCUUUGAUCUCUUGCUUCUCAUAUCUCGCCAAACAGCUUGGAAAUGAAUCUAAAUAAAAGAUAUUAGCGGUCAGUGAACAAGUUGUGUGACUGUCAUCUGGGUGGCAUCACAACAGCCAUUGAUUUCACUGUCUUAAGGUAAAAGAUAGCAUAAUGCAGGUGGCUUACAGCCUGCACUGAGAAUAUCCUCCCAGCUUCUCUUCCACCACUGCCACAACUUCUCUGGAACUGCCUGCGUGUGUAUUUAAAUAUUGGAUUUGCUGCACUCAGCUUUACAAUGGAGAAACUGGAACACUUUGGAGGAAAUAGAACUAAAAUGCUGGACAUACUCAGCAGGUCAGGCAGCAUCUGAUGCAGCCUAACCAGAGCAUUUCCAGCAUUUUGUGUUUACUGCAGAGGUGAGGUUGAAGCUUCCUUUGACCAUCAGAAAAUGCUGUUGCUUGCUCGUUGUUUCCAGAUCUAGUUGUUGACAUAUUAGUCUGCAUUACAUCUUUACUACCAGAUGAGAGUAAAUUGAAACUUUCAUUUUUCCCUAGAUGAUAAAAAAAAAUUAUCUGGUCAUAAAUAAUUUCUGUUAAUUGCAUAUUAGCUUCCUGCUGUUUAACAACAGAUUUAAUUAUUAAGAAACCAGUUUAUAAAAAGGAUAAAUCUAUUUUCUGCUUUAAAAAAAAAAAGUAGUUAUACUUUACUACAACUAAUGCACUAAUCACUAAAGUAUUUAUGUAUUGUACUUAUUAACAGAAAGAUUAGAUACCCAAACUAACAAGUUAAGUUUUGUUUUAUUUAAUUAAGAUGUCUUUUGGGAGCACCAUCUUUGUGUCAAAAUUGGUGAAGGGUGAGUCUGGAGAAUUAUAAAUCAGUUAUAUCAAGAGGAAUGUAGAACCCGUAGAAGUGCUGAUGGAUUUUGAUGGAAUUUAAUGCACUAGCACAGUGGUAGGAAUACAUUUUACAAUCUUUGCCAGGCAGAACAUGGAUUUAUAAUGGCUGUAUUUUUUAAAUGUAAAGUGAAAUGGAACUCCCUUUUCAUUUUAAUCACAAGGAUAUAUAUUAUGGUAGCACUUAGCACUCCAGCAUGACUACAUUCAUGGAGAAUAGUCGUCUUACUCAGUUCAACCCAUUCUGCAUCCAAUAUGUAUUGCCACAACAAAUAUCUCAACACAAGGUCUUCUGACAUUUGUUCAGCUGGCUGAGGCGAUGACAAAAUGUCCACUUUGAACCUUGUCUUUGCUGAAUUAACAGAUUUCAACCAGAUCAUGAUUCUCUGUAAACAUUAAUGACCAGAAAGAAUAUUUGCUUUCCAUGGAACAAACUA